AUGUCCUCGCUCCUUGCGAAGUGCCGACCAUAUUUCCAGCGAGCUGAGGAGCUCGCUGAGCAUGAGUCGGCUGUUGCUUACUACUGCCGCCUACACGCCAUCGAGUUGUUGAUGCGCGCGCACCAGAAAGGCGAGACCUCGCCCGAGGAAAAGACACUGUUGCUCGGAGAGCUGCAAAAAGCCGAAGACAUCAAGAAGUCACUCAACAUCUCAAGCAGCGAUGGACAAGGCACGGUCGAGUCCUUUGCUUUGCGGGUUUUUGAUGCUGCAGAUGCGGCAGACAGAUCUGCAAAGGACAAGAGUGGCCAAGCAGCUGCAGUUUCCAAGCUCUACGCAGCGGCUCUUUUCAUGGAUGUUUGCGCCCAGUUCCACGAUGGAGAGCUCCCUCCAGAUCUCGCUGAAAAAGCUCGUUAUGCCAGAUUCAGAGUUGUUCAAAUCAGGGAAGGAUUGAAGCAAGGGGUCCCCUCUUAUCCCGCUGAGCCAGAGACCACGGCAAGCCUGCCUGCACCUUCUGGCUACUCAGGGAGCUCGGCACCUGCUCCAGCCGUCCCAAUUCCCGUGCAGCCAAGCUCCGCAAGCGCCGCAAGCUCUGCAACGGCUCAGAUGCCAGCGCGUGACGAGGCCCGCAAGCAGUUGGAGUUGGCCUCAUCGGCCUUAGACUUCAGGGAUGUUGCAACAGCUCGGACAUGCUUGGAAGAAGCUUUGCGGCUCCUCGGCUGA